AUGACUGAAUCCAACAAGAAAGACCAAGCAAUAGUUGAUGUUGAGAGGGCUUCUGGUCAAACUGAUUCAUUUGAAAAAGAACUGAACAAAGUUCAGUACAAGGAUUUUGAAGAUAGACUUGAUCCAGAACGCUAUGGGGAGACUCAAAGAAGAAUGAAUUCACGCCAUGUGAAUUUGAUGAUUAUGGGUCAAUCAAUUGGUAGUGGGUUAUUCCUUGGUAUCAGAUCCCCAUUAAAUACCAGUGGUUCAUUGUCGUUUUUCUUGGCGUUUUCGUUAUAUGCAAUUGUGGUUGUCUACCCAUUGAUGCAAUGUAUUGGAGUCAUGUGUUCAUACUUGCCAAUAAAGGGAACUUUCAUUCAUUACAGUGCCAGAUAUGUUGAUCCUGCUCUUGGUUUUGCGUCAUCAUUGAUUUACAUUUACACAUGUAUGAUGUUUGUUUGUAUUGAAGCUACUGCGGUGGCUCAGUUGAUUGGAUAUUGGUCGGACCUCAAUCCUGGGGUCUGGAUUACCAUCUGCAUUUUGCUUUAUCCAUUGAUUGGGAUUUUUGGCUGUAACAUAUAUGGGGAGGUGGAAUUUUAUUCUUCAAUUUUGAAGGUAUUUUUGAUUAUGGCAUUGAUGCUCUUUUCCCUUAUAUCCAUGUGUGGUGGAAAUCCUCAAGGAAAUGCAUAUGGAUUUCAACAUUGGAAAGAAGGUGGUUUAUUUAGAGAAUAUUUGGUUGGGGGCGAUACUGGUAAGUUUUUCGCAUGGUGGAGUUCUUUAAUAUGGGCAGCAUUUGCAGCUGGGGGUCCCGAUGGGUUUUCCAUGCUUGCAUCUGAAGUACAACGGCCAAGAACAACCAUGCCCACUGCCGCAAAAAGAGUUUACAUCAGAGUUUAUUUGUUCUACAUUGGUGGUGUCUUUUUUCUCAAUUGUUUAAUUUCGUCUGUGAAUGACAGGUUGGUUGAGCAGUUAACGGCAGGCUCAACGACUUCAGCCGGAUCUCCUUGGGUAAUUGGAAUGGAAGAUGUUGGCGUCAAAGGCUUGGCAUCAGUCAUCAAUGCGUGUGUCAUGACCUCAGCAUUUUCGUGCGGUAAUGCAUUCUUUUAUUGUUCAACCAGGUCACUUUAUAGUGCUUCACUAGCUGGCUACUUGCCCCGGUUCUUAUCAAAGUGUUUGAAAAAUGGUUCUCCGGUUUAUUGCGUGCUUGUCACAUUUGCCGUCUCGCUAGUUGCUUAUUUAAAUGUCAAUGAGGACGGAAUGGUUGUUUUCAACUGGUUUGUCAAUUUAUGUGCCACUGGAUUAUUGUUGGCUUAUAUAUGCAUGUGGUGGUCUUAUUUCCAAUUUCGUAAAGCAUGGGAGGCCCAACACAAGACCAAAAUGAGGAACCCAGAGUAUCCAUAUUUUACUGGACCUAAAUGGUUGCACCCUGUUUUGACUUAUUUGGGUAUGACGUUUACAAUACUAGUGGUGUUUUUCAAUGGCUUCUGGAUCUUUUUCCCUGGAAACUUCAAUGUGUCUAACUUGUUCACCAGUUACUUUGCUCCCGCCUUUUUUGUUUGCUUAUUUUUGUUUUGGAAGGUGUUUAAAAAGACCAAGUUUCGAACUCCAUUGACAGCUGAUAUAACUAGUGGUAAACAAAAAAUUGACGACGAAGAAGAAGUUGAGGAAAGAGAAUAUGCAGCAAAACAGGCUGAAUACGUCAAUGCUGUAUGGUAUGUCAAAAUAUGGAGAUGGUUCUACAACCUUUGUUUUAGUUAA